ACCCCAAGUGGGUGCGCUUGUGCAAUGGUGAUAGAGUCGGUGUGGGGGCGGGCUCACUGCCUACUAGCUUAGCUUAGCCUAACUUAGCCUAGCCUAGCUUAGCAUAGCAUCGUCUACCUGGGUCACAACGCUGCGCUUCCGAGCGUUCAAUGGAAGGAGGAGGAGCAGCAGAGCGGUGCUUAGGAACCACGGUCCCAGCGCUGGAGUACAUGCAGUAGAAGCGGAGCCAUGGAAUAUGCGGGUGCUCCCACGGGCGGCCGUGGCGCCUCCGCUUGGCCGUUCUUCCCUCACUCGACGACGGCUGGCGUCCUUGACCGGUCCCAGUGCAUAGCUCCGUCAGUGCGCCCUAACCACCAUUCUGCCCCACGGACAAGUCGCUUCUUCCCGGAGAGCCUGCCCUGCUGCGAGAUGAAAUUAAACGCAGAAAUAUGAGGACCCAAAACUUGAGCCCCCAACCCCCACCAGACCUGCAGGAGGAUGAGAAGGAUUCUGGGGUGCCCCCCCUUAAUCACACCCACAUGAAGAAGGCCUUCCGACUGAUGAAUGACCUCAGGAGCAGGAAGAUGCUGUGUGACGUCCUCCUUCUGGCCGAUGGUGUGGAGGUCCCAGCGCACAGGGUGGUUCUGGCCUCCUGCAGUCCCUACUUUUGCGCCAUGUUCACAGGAGACAUGAGCGAGAGCACGGCCCAGCAAGUGGAGAUCCGGGAUGUGGACGGGUACACACUGCAGCGGCUGGUGGACUACAUCUACACAGCGGAGAUCGAGGUGACCGAGGAGAACGUGCAGGUCCUGCUGCCGGCUGCCAGCCUCCUGCAGCUGAUGGACGUGCGUCAGGUGUGUUGCAACUUCCUGCGCACCCAGCUGCACUCCACUAACUGCCUGGGCAUCCGUGCCUUCGCUGACCUGCACGCUUGUACCCAGCUGAUGAGCCAAGCCCAGGCCUAUGCAGAGCAGCGCUUCUCGGAGGUGGUGCUGGGGGAGGAAUUCCUGAGCCUUUCCCUGCAGCAGGUCUGCUGCCUCAUCUCCAGCGACAAACUCACCGUGUCCACCGAGGAGAAGGUGUUCGAGGCCAUGGUCUCUUGGAUAAAGCAUGACGAGGAGGUGCGGCUGACCCACAUGCCCAAGCUGAUGGAGCACGUGCGGCUCCCCCUGCUGUCACGGGCCUACCUGGUGCAGAUCGUAGAGGAGGAGUCACUGGUGAAAAACAACAGCACCUGCAAAGACUUCCUCAUCGAGGCCAUGAAGUACCACCUCCUUCCUGUGGAGCAGCGGCGAUUGAUGGAGACGGACCGGACGCGGCCGCGGACGCCCGUCAGCCUGCCCAAGGUGAUGAUGGUGGUUGGAGGCCAGGCCCCCAAAGCCAUCCGCGGUGUGGAAUGCUAUGACCUGCAGGAAGACCGCUGGUACCAGGUGGCGGACUUACCAUCCCGGCGGUGUAGAGCGGGGGUGGUCUUCAUGGCUGGCCGCGUCUAUGCCGUGGGGGGCUUCAACGGCUCGCUGCGUGUGCGAACAGUGGAUAUGUACGACAGUGCGCGUGACCAGUGGAGCUCUGUCUGCAGCAUGCAGGAACGUCGCAGCACGCUGGGGGCCGCCGUGCUGGGGGACCUGCUGUACGCCGUGGGCGGCUUUGACGGCAGCACUGGCCUAUCCUCUGUGGAGGCCUAUAGCCCCAAGACAGACGAGUGGAGCUCCGUGGCUCCCAUGAACACGCGGCGCAGCAGUGUGGGGGUCGGCAUGGUGGAUGGGAAGCUGUACGCCGUGGGGGGGUACGAUGGAGCCUCCCGCCAGUGCCUGAGCACCGUGGAGGCGUACGACCCUGUCACCAAUGAGUGGAGUUACGUGGCUGACAUGAGCACACGCCGGAGUGGCGCAGGGGUGGGCGUGCUGAGCGGGCAGCUCUAUGCGGCUGGGGGGCACGACGGUCCCCUGGUCAGGAAAAGUGUGGAGGUGUACGACCCCCCCAGCAACACCUGGAAGCAGGUGUGCGACAUGAACAUGUGCAGACGGAAUGCCGGAGUGUGUGCCAUUAAUGGGCUGUUGUACGUGAUUGGUGGGGACGACGGAUCUUGCAACCUGUCCUCAGUGGAGUACUAUAACCCUGCUACAGACAAGUGGAGCCUACUCCCCACAAACAUGAGUAAUGGGCGGAGCUACGCAGGUGUAUCAGUCAUUGAUAAGCCCUUAUGACCAAGAGCUCUGGGUGGCCUGGACUUACAGCCACCCCGGAGGAGACACCGUGAUAGGCUGGCUAAUCCUAGCAAGGACCCAGUUUAGCUUAGUGGGAGACUGGGUUAGGAGUGCAUACAGGAAUGGGUAGGGCCGACCUCCAUCACAGACAUCUUCAUGGUGUCAGGUGUUUUUUUUUUUCCCCUUGAGCUUAACAACCUCAUGAGGAUUGUGCCCCCUACUGAACAGGUAGUGUAGUAGCAUGGGUGAUUGGGGGGAAUUAGCAUUUUCCCCACAUGCAUCAUGAGACCAUAAAGGGACCAAAUUACCAUCUGAAACUGAAGCAGUCCAUGACUUGGAAUUAAACCAUUUUGACUACACUAAAUGGACUACAGGAGAUGGGCCGCCCUGGAAACGUGCCCAUGAAGGCCUGUCUUUACUACUGACCAGAAAUGCACUGAUGAGAUUUUUUAUUUUUCCAUCUCUCAUGCUUUGAUGGACAGAGCCUCUCCCAUUUAAGCGUGGAGGCCAUCAGCAAACCCCGUUUGGAAGAGCAGAGAAGACCGCAGUGGCAGUCAGCUGGCAUGAGAAAUUCAGUUCACCUAAGGCAUGGGUGUCAAACUCCAGUCCUGGGGGGCCGGAGCCCUGCACAUUUUUUGGUUUCCCCUCAUUUAACACUGAUGGAACUCCUUGUGCUAAUUACCACACAGCUCUUGAGCUGAAUCAUUUGUUGUGUAACAGGGAAAGAACUAAGCUACACAGGACUCCGGCCCCCCAGGACUAGAGUUCGACACCCCUGACCUAAGGGGUGACUGUGGGGCUAAAGCUAUAGCUGAUCCUCAGUGUAUCUUAUGUAGGUUUCUAAGAGUGAGAUGACAGUGGUCGCUGAUGAUGGGCUCAGGUGCUGGAAGGAUGGAUUUCCACGUGGGCCUGUUUACUGGGAGAUGGACUAGACUGUUUGCUCACUGAUGUGUCACUUUUUAAUUCGCUCGGAUUGGAAUGGGCAUCCUGUCUUUGUAGAUCUUUUUUUAGAAAUAGUAAAAACAAAAAAACGGUGGUAAGAAAACUGAAAUCUCACUAUGAUUGUUAAUUUUUGUGUAUGUAAAUUAAACAUAUACGUAGAUUUCAUAUCA